AUGUUGGUAAGAAUACCUCAAGCUUCGCUGACGACUGCUCUGAAAAACAGCUGUUACAGUUCUGCUCACGUUAAAUACUCUAACUUGUUACAAAAAUGCGGGUUUUCAUCUCAAGGAUCACCGGAAAAUUUGCAAAAAAUUUCGCAGAGUAUAACUGGAUUCCCUCCACUGUCAGAGCCAAUAUUAAAUCUGCCCAAGCCGAUUUAUUCAACAGCUAAGGAGGAAGAUCAGACAACGCAGAUAAGUGUCUUGUCAAAUGGGCUGAGAGUUGCGUCAGAGAAUAGGUUUGGGAAGUUUUGCACUGUGGGAGUGCUAAUUGACUCAGGACCUAGAUUUGAAGUUGCAUAUCCAAGUGGUAUUUCUCAUUUUCUAGAAAAACUAGCUUUUAAUUCUACAAAAAAUUAUGAAAGCAGAGAUGAAAUAAUGCUAACAUUGGAAAAGCACGGUGGUAUAUGUGACUGUCAAGCAUCUCGAGAUACAUUUAUCUACGCAGCAUCUGCUGAGAGUCAAGGUUUAGAUACAGUGACCAAAAUCCUCGGUGACAUAGUCUUGAGGCCAACCAUAACCGAGGAUGAAUUAAAUUUCGCUCGUCAAACUGUACAGUUUGAAUUAGAGACACUGCAUACUCGACCUGAACAAGAGCCUUUGCUCAUAGAUAUGAUCCAUGCUGCAGCAUAUAGUGAUAAUACUCUAGGACUUCCCAAAUUAUGUCCAUCAGAAAAUAUUGGAAAAAUAAAUCGGAAUAUUCUAUUCACGUAUCUGAAAAAUUAUUAUACACCCAAACGAAUGGUCGUCGCUGGAGUUGGUAUUGAACAUAAUGAUCUAGUCAAUGCAGUUAAAAAGUAUUUCGUGAAUGAAAAACCUAUCUGGGAGCAAGAUAGCAGUCUAGCUUUGGAUAAAAUUAACACCGUGGAUAACUCGAUAGCUCAGUAUACUGGAGGAUUAGUCGUGGAAGAUUGUAAUGUACCAGUAUAUGCUGGGCCCAGUGGUCUUCCAGAGUUGUCACACGUCGUAAUAGGGCUCGAAGGAUGCUCUCACCAAGACCCAGAUUUCAUUUCGAUGUGUGUCCUUAAUAUGAUGAUGGGAGGAGGUGGUAGUUUUAGUGCUGGUGGUCCUGAAAUGGUUCAAGUUAUCGUCAAAGAACUAGUUGCAAUGGCUGGAGAUAUGACUGAUAAUGAAUUAGCAAGAGCGAAGAAACAAUUACAGUCAAUGUUAUUAAUGAACUUGGAGCAAAGGCCAGUAGUUUUUGAAGAUAUUGGUCGCCAAGUACUCGCCACAGGAACAAGAAAACGUCCGGAAUACUUUAUUCAAGAAAUCGAUAAAAUCUCAAAGGACGAUAUUCACAGAGUAGCUCGUCGCUUACUCAAGUCUCCACCGAGCGUAGCAGCUCGCGGAGAAAUCAAGAACACUUUAUCACUCUCAGAAAUCCAAGCUGGCCUGCUGGAUACUCAUGGUCAAAUGUCCGGAAUAAUGAACAGACUGUCAAUCUUCCGUUGA